AUGCCCAACGCAACAAACAGUUCGGUCACGACCGUGGCGCCGGCGCACGCUCCCGCCGUAGACCAUCCCGACUACCAAUCGGGCACCGUCGUCGGCGAGUCGAUUCCGAUGGCGAUGGUGGCCGGAAUGAUCGUCGGCGCCCUCUUCGGAAUCGUGAUGCUCAUCGCGCACGUCUGCAUCGUCAAGUGCCUCGUGAAGGCGCGCGCCCGCCACAUCCCGAAAGUGCGCAAAGUGAAGGUGAAGAAGGGAAAGAAGGGCGGAAAGAAGGGCAAGAAAAGCGGCAGCACCUCGAAGAAAUGUGAGUUUUCGGGGCGGGGGACUUCCACGCCGUGGCCUAACUUUUUCUUCUUCCAGCUGACGACACCUCGACCGGCACGUCGACCUCCACUGGCGGCGGCACUUCGAUCGCUCUCUGA